AUGAGACAAAAAUACAGAGAUAGAGAUCCUUCUACUGGAGAUAAGUUUUUAAAAGAAUCGUCUGAUUCUUGGCGAGAUUAUACUUAUCAUCGAACAAAUGACUAUGAUAGUCAUUUGAAUAAAAAUACACAUAAUAGUGGUUAUAUUUCUUCAGAUAAGUCUUUAAGGUCUCCUAGACAUAAUGGUGGUUCUCGGUCGUCGGCUUUUGGUAGAGAUUCAAGUGAAUAUUUGGAUAGACGCAAAGAAUACUCAAAAACAUCUUUUAAGGGCUCUAGUUCCAGGAAUUUUGAGCAUUUCAGAUCAUCAAGACAUGAUUUAGGUGCCUCUCCUAGAGAGAGGUCUUCACGUUUUACCUCAAGGUCACCAUCUCCUCAUUCAGAGAAUCAGAAAUUUCGGAAUUCUUCGGAUUCUCGGUAUUAUUCUUCAUUGCCCCAUUCAUUUGCAGAUUCGACAUAUAAAGCGUUAAAGGAGAAAACUUCUUAUGGAUCUUCAAAUGCCUAUAAAGGCGAGAGUUCAUCCUAUCGACAAUUGUCUGUUGAUUCAGGAGAAAAUUUUACUGGAAGUUCUCAACAAUCACGGCUACAUAAGAUUCCUACGAAUACGUAUGCUUUGGAGAUAUCAGCUCGAAUAUUUACAUCUCCUGUUGAAGAACAGGAAAAGGAGUUUUUACGGUUGAAUAGGGAAUUGGCUCUUUUAGAUGAGAAAUCUAAAGGAGUUUUAAAGGAAAAGCGUUUGUCCAUGUUUGAAUGGCAAAAAUUGGUUUAUAAAUCAGAAAGAGAGGCUAAAAAUGUUGAACUUGCGGAGAAACAGUUAGAAGCAGUAGUGAAUGAAGGUAUGUGA